AAAUAAACUUGCAUAAAAAAAAAUGGCAACGUUGGAUGCAUUUGGAUUCUCCAGAGGUUGUAAAAGCAAACGUUCAACUAAACCAGAUUCAGAGCAACAAUUAGCAUUUAUUUCUCCUUCAACAGUUAUUGAACAAAAUAAUAUUCUUGAAAAACAAAUUAUAAAGCCAUUAAAAUGUAACACUAAAAAAUUAUCACCAAGUCGAACAAAGGAUAAUAAAAUUACAAGAUACUUUGCAUCAACACCAAUCGCUACUGUAGCCAUGGAAAUAGAUGAAAAUGAAGAAGAAGCAGAUAUCAUUUGUAUUGUUCGCAAUAAAAAACCAUUUUCUAAUUUUUGGAAUAAUCUUCAGAAUGAGUUUGAUCUUGACGACGAUGAAGAAGAUGAACGCUUAUUAAUGCUCGAUAAAGCAAACAAUAAUACAUUAACAAAGAAGCGUCGUCAUAUUGAAGAAUCACAAGUGACUACUCAAAGACAGAAAAAGAUGAAAAACAAGGAACCCCAUUUAACUACAACAAUUGAUAUUGACUUUUCACAGUUUAUGGUGAAAUCUUUAAACUUAAAUGGCAAACAUUGUCAGUCGUUAACUACUACUAAUAAUAAUAGUAAUAUAUAUCUCAAUACAUUAUUUCAACAAUAUCAGCAAAAAGAGAGUCUAACACGAGUUUUACGAUAUAAAAUGUCACUCGAAGAAUCAAAAUUACUUCUUAAACGUAUCGAACAAAAUUUUCUUUAUUCUUAAAGAAACAAAAUACCCCCUUUUUCCUUUCUUUAUGUGUUAUAAUAAAUGAAUCUAAAAAUAUGAUAACAAUUAAU